CGAUCAUUAGGCAUCUUGGAAAGUUUUAUUUCAAGUUUUUGCGUCACCAAUUAUCUUUCCAGCGUUCGGCUGCUCUUCUUUCUUGGCCUCCUCGCUGGUGGGCCACUCGCAAUGUGGACAUCUUUCCUUGUUUCAAGUGUCUUUAUGUCGAUCACUGCUGCUGUCCUAGCAGAGAUAUGCUCUGCGCUCCCUGUUAGCGGCAGCAUAUAUAUCUGGGCUGCCCAAGCGGCCGGUAGGAAGUAUGGGCGAUUCAUUGGAUUUAUCGCUGCAUGGUGGAUCGCGACUUCUUGGAUGACAUCUACUAGCACCAUUUGUCAGGUUUCAGCAAACUACAUUCUCUCCCUUGCUACUGUGUACGACCUCAACUUUCCUGGAGGCAUUUCAAACGACAAUAUCAAGUGGCGGGUAGUAGUAUGGAUAGUAUCAGAAUCACUCCUUCUGUUAUCGGUGCUUCCGAACUAUCUUCACUCCCGAUGGUACCCUAUUCUGUUCCGUGGCGCCAUGAUAAUCAUGUUUUUAGACUUCAUGCUGUGUCUAAUCUGGCUGCCAGUUGGAGUGAGCAAAACGUAUGGGUUCAGAAGUGUGCACGACGCAUUUCUCGCCACAAACAAUGGGACGGGUGCACUGCCCGCAUGGAAUUGGAUCCUAUCGUACUUCUUCGCUGCAUCUGCAUGCAUGGGCUUUGACGCGACUGGGCACGUUGCAGAGGAAACAAAGAAUGCGAAUGUCGUCACUGCCCGUAACUUGUUCAGGAGCUGUGUUGCAACUUCCGUAGGUGGAUUCGUCACAUUGAUUCUCUUCCUCUUUUGCACUCCAAACCUCGAGAAGCUCUUCUCUUUGCACGCACCACAGCCGUUUGUGCUCAUUUAUGCUUUGGCACUUGGACGAGCUGGCUGUACGUUCAUGACAUGCAUUGCGACCCUAGCGGCGCUCUUCGGUGGCACCUUAAUCGUUCUAGCCACCUCGCGUCUUAUUUUUGCCAUCGCGCGAGACGGCGCAUUGCCCCUGUCGGCAUGGAUUUCGACGCUCACGCCAGACGGCCGCCCGAAAAACGCAGUGACAUUCGUCUUUGUGUUCUCCUCCGUGAUGCUGUGCAUGAUCAUCCCCAGUUCGUCCGCAUUUACAUCACUCAUGAGCGCUGGGGCGAUCCCGCUUGCUGCAUGCUACGGGCUCAUCGGGCUCCUGCGUCUAACCGUGACGCCGGACGCAUUCCGGAGCUCCAGGUUUUCCCUUGGGCGCUUCAGGAAGUUAUUCUACCUGACUGCAGCGCUUUUCAAUGCGCUUGCCCUCGCGGUUUUUAUCUCGCCCUUCACAUUUCCUGUUACUCCGAGCUCAGUCAACGUUGGUGGCGUUGUAUUCGCUGCAGUCACACUUAUGGGGUUGGCCAGUUAUUGGUUCAUUCCAGAGACAAAGUGGCUAAGCUCAGAGCGGCUGCAGGUGAUGCGUAACGGCGCUGACUAA